AGCCGCGCCGGGCUCCUCCGCAGGGUCAGCCACCGGGACCGACAGCAGCAGCAGCGGCACACAGGGACACGGGGAGGGAAGGUCACCACAGGUCAGCGCCUACCUGGCAGUUUCAGCCUCUGCUCUCAGCAAGAUUAGUCGAUAUUCAUUCCCUGUCACCUUGGAAAAAGAUAAAAAAAAAAAAAAGCACAAAAAAAAUAUCAGAAAGAAAGAAGGAAAAAAGACACUGCUGCUUACAACCUCUCAGCAAGUAAACUCAACUUAAAUCGUAGCAGAAGCCACAGCAGCUGAAGCUGAUCCCCGGGUAGUAUGAAUAGCAUGAAUCAGAUAGAAACAAACAUGCAGUACACCUACAACUAUGAAGAAGAUGAGUACAUGACCCAAGAAGAAGAGUGGGACAGGGACCUGCUCCUGGACCCAGCAUGGGAGAAACAGCAAAGGAAGACGUUUACAGCCUGGUGCAAUUCCCACCUCAGGAAAGCAGGCACACAGAUCGAGAACAUUGAGGAAGACUUCAGAAAUGGCCUCAAACUGAUGCUCCUCUUGGAAGUUAUCUCAGGGGAAAGGCUACCAAAACCAGACAGAGGGAAGAUGCGCUUCCAUAAAAUCGCUAAUGUCAACAAAGCUCUGGAUUACAUCGCCAGCAAAGGAGUGAAACUUGUGUCAAUUGGUGCAGAAGAAAUCGUGGAUGGCAACGUGAAAAUGACACUGGGUAUGAUCUGGACUAUCAUCCUUCGUUUUGCUAUUCAGGAUAUUUCAGUGGAAGAGACCUCUGCCAAAGAAGGGCUGCUGCUGUGGUGUCAAAGGAAAACUGCUCCUUACAGAAAUGUGAACAUUCAGAACUUCCAUCUUAGCUGGAAAGAUGGCCUUGGAUUAUGUGCACUUAUCCACAGACACCGACCUGAUCUUAUUGACUACUCCAAGCUAAAUAAGGAUGACCCCAUAGGGAAUAUCAACCUUGCCAUGGAAAUAGCAGAAAAGCAUUUGGAUAUCCCAAAGAUGCUGGAUGCAGAAGAUAUUGUGAACACUCCCAAACCUGAUGAGAGAGCUAUCAUGACAUAUGUGUCCUGCUUCUACCAUGCUUUUGCUGGAGCAGAGCAGGCUGAGACUGCAGCUAACCGGAUCUGUAAGGUGCUUGCUGUGAAUCAGGAAAAUGAGAGGUUGAUGGAAGAGUAUGAGAGACUAGCAAGUGAGCUUUUAGAAUGGAUUCGCCGGACAAUUCCUUGGCUGGAAAACAGGACCCCCGAAAAAACAAUGCAGGCUAUGCAGAAGAAAUUGGAGGAUUUCCGGGACUACCGCCGCAAACACAAACCUCCCAAAGUACAGGAGAAAUGUCAGCUGGAGAUCAAUUUCAACACCCUGCAGACAAAACUGAGAAUCAGCAAUCGGCCAGCUUUCAUGCCAUCAGAGGGGAAAAUGGUUUCAGAUAUUGCCGGCGCUUGGCAGAGACUUGAACAAGCUGAGAAAGGCUAUGAAGAGUGGCUGCUGAAUGAAAUACGACGACUGGAAAGACUGGAACAUUUGGCUGAGAAAUUUAGGCAGAAGGCUUCCACUCAUGAACAGUGGGCAUAUGGCAAAGAGCAGAUCUUGCUUCAGAAGGAUUAUGAGUCUGCCUCUCUGACAGAAGUCCGUGCCAUGUUAAGGAAACAUGAAGCUUUUGAGAGCGAUUUGGCUGCUCACCAGGACAGGGUGGAACAGAUCGCUGCCAUUGCCCAGGAGCUGAAUGAACUGGAUUACCAUGAUGCUGCAAGUGUCAAUGAUAGAUGUCAGAAGAUAUGUGACCAAUGGGACAGUCUGGGAACACUCACUCAGAAAAGGAGAGAGGCACUGGAGAGGACGGAGAAAUUGCUCGAAACAAUUGAUCAGCUUCACCUGGAGUUUGCCAAAAGAGCUGCUCCUUUCAACAACUGGAUGGAAGGUGCUAUGGAAGACCUACAGGACAUGUUUAUUGUUCAUAGCAUAGAGGAAAUUCAGAGUUUAAUCUCUGCACACGAUCAAUUUAAAGCUACUUUGCCAGAGGCAGAUGGUGAACGACAGGCCAUACUGUCAAUCCAGAAUGAAGUUGAAAAAGUCAUCCAGAGUUACAGCAUGAGAAUAAGUGCAACCAAUCCUUACAGCACUGUUACAGUUGAAGAGAUUCGUAGCAAGUGGGAAAAGGUGAAGCAGCUGGUGCCUCAGAGGGAUCAAUCCUUGCAGGAGGAAUUAGCCCGCCAGCACGCCAACGAGCGCCUGCGCCGCCAGUUUGCUGCUCAGGCCAAUGUCAUUGGGCCAUGGAUCCAGACCAAGAUGGAGGAAAUUGCCCGCAGUUCUAUUGAAAUGACAGGGCCUUUGGAGGACCAGAUGAAUCAGCUGAAGCAAUAUGAGCACAAUAUCAUUAAUUAUAAACACAAUAUUGACAAACUGGAAGGAGAUCAUCAGCUUAUACAAGAAGCCCUGGUGUUUGACAACAAGCAUACCAACUACACCAUGGAGCACAUCCGUGUUGGAUGGGAGCUCCUGCUUACCACCAUUGCUCGAACUAUCAAUGAGGUUGAGACUCAGAUCCUCACAAGAGAUGCCAAGGGUAUCACCCAGGAACAAAUGAAUGACUUCAGAGCAUCAUUCAAUCACUUUGACAGGAGGAAGAAUGGAUUGAUGGACCAUGAUGAUUUCAGAGCUUGCUUAAUUUCAAUGGGUUAUGAUUUGGGUGAAGCUGAGUUUGCCCGAAUCAUGUCUCUGGUUGACCCCAAUGGGCAAGGAACUGUCACUUUCCAAUCCUUCAUUGACUUCAUGACCAGAGAAACGGCAGACACAGACACGGCUGAGCAAGUGAUAGCUUCCUUCAGAAUCCUGGCUUCAGAUAAGCCUUAUAUCCUGGCAGAUGAGUUGCGUCGAGAGCUGCCUCCUGAGCAGGCUCAGUACUGCAUCAAGAGAAUGCCUCCGUACACCGGCCCGGGCUCUGUUCCUGGGGCUCUGGAUUACACCUCUUUUUCAUCAGCACUGUAUGGAGAGAGCGACCUCUGAUUCAGUAAUUGGCUGUAUUCGUGGUAGACACUAAAAAUACCCACCUUAUUGCCCAGAUUGCUUCUCAAAAGCUUUGACAAGCUGAUUUAAAAACAAGUUUUACAAAUACAGUAGGUACUGUCAGUGUAAAGUGCUAGUAACUGAAGUAACAGGCAUAUAUUAAAGUGUGCAGCACGCUAGAUACCUGCCUUGUUGGUUUUAGGUUGUCUGUCCUAUGCAAUACUAGAAAAUAUAUUAAAAAAAUUGCAAGACAUUAACUUUGGAAAUAUACAUUCAGAAAACAGAAUGUAAAAUCUAAAAACUUUGAAACUCGCAAAAUAUUUCUCCAUUUUCGAAGUGUUUCAAUGCCAUAUGCGCUUCUUUUAUGAUGUUCAUAAAACUAUAUUAGAUGUCAUGCUUUUUUUCUUUCAUAGAGCAAUACUACUUUCCUCUCGUGAUUUCUGAUUUUGUAUGCUUCUAUUGGUGGAAUUUAAUAAAAUACUAAAAUGCAGAUUUUCAGGGAAGAAAUACAACAACCACGUAAAGUACUUAAUUGCAAAAAUAAUCCAGAAUGCUAUGCUUUUGUCACAAAGAGUUGUAAUAUAAGGGGGAAAAGCUGAUUAAAGUGCAGUUUUAGAGUUCUGUAAGCAGUUCUUUUCUUUUAGGCCUUUUACAGCUGAGAGAAUACAACUUUUAUAAUCAGAAAUAACAAGGAAGCUAAUUUCAUGUGAACUAUUUUGUUAUGAAACCCUCAUUCUUGUCUAUGUUGGACAGUCUUUGUUUCUCAGUAUAACAAUGCAUUAUUGUAUGUAUCAGGGGGCAGCAUUCAUCUCUAUCCUGCAUAAAGCAAUCUCCCAUCUGAGCAAAUGUAGUAUGGUUGUCUUGCAGCUUUAACUGUUCAGUGCUCAAAAUUCAGUUUGUCUUGACUUGUGCUGCGUUGCAGGCAGUUCUGUCUGUACCCUGCUCCUGUGCGCUAGACGUUUACUGUUUCUUUCCAUCUUGAGAAAUGACAGAGAAUAAAAGCAGUAACUUUUUUACUUGAAUCCUACCGACACUGAGGAAAUGCAAUGUAAUCAAACAAAACCAUUUACAAAUGGUGAAGUGAGCUGUGCAGCCCAGUGCUAUUAAAGCAAUGAUGUGCCUAUUAAAUAAAGUCUGCUUUUCAAAACCUUA